AAUAUACAUUCUACAUCUUUGUCCUCGAGGCUCACAUCAGUACUGGUGCAUCAAUGGGGUCUUCCGCAUGUAGAUUAAAGCGGCGCUAUGUCAUGUGAAAACAUCUGCACCACAUCUAGACACAUAAACGAAGUUCAUUUACUACCUUGUAAUUCUACCUAACAUGGCUUCUCCUUCAAGCUCAAAGUACUAUGUGAUAAUAGGCGCCAGUCGAGGAAUUGGCCUCGAAUUCGCUCGACAGUUACUCGUAGCAUCACCCACCAAUAUCGUCAUCGCCACUCAUCGAUCCAGUAAACCACCGCAGACUUUGCGUGAAUUGGAUAAGCAAUUCCAGGAGCCGCCUAGAUUAUGGACAGUUAAUUGUGAUGUUACCGAUGAACAGACUAUCGAAAGUCUUUGUCCCGAUAUACGGGGUUUGUCGUGGGGGAAUCCUAUUGAGGCUGUCAUUGUUAAUGCUGGGGUCUUGGAAUGGCCGAAUAGAGUGCUUGGAGGGUAAGUUAGACUGUUUCUGGGAUGGGCAUCUGCUCUACGUUUGAGAUUUUUGUUGUAUGCAUAAUGGGAUUGAGCACUUUUCACGCAAUGGGCGCCAGGACGUAUCCCGGUCAUUCCAUACAACGACCUCGCAACUCGGCAAAUGAGUGUUUGACGAAUGGUUCAUAACCCUUUUACCGUUUCUGGAUUAGAUCGGCGAGUAUAUAGUACUAACAGUCACUCCUUUCAUUUGGAAAGAACCUCCCAGUCCUACAAUCACCACUUUCAGACUAAUACCAUCGGACCACUACUUGCCGCCAAACACCUUCUCUCCAUACCUGGAUCUCGGAUCUCCAAUAUCGUAUUCAUAUCCUCUGAUUCUGGCUCCGCUGUAAAUUUCCGCUCAUUCGAAGAUGGUUUCGCUGCAUAUGCUGCUUCUAAAGCUGCGCUGAAUAUGGGAUUACGUGUAAGUUACUCUUCCCCCUCUGGAUAGCCCUCUUUUCGCAACUAUACACCCAAAUACCAUUAUUCUUCCUUCCUCACACGUUCCUGGAUAUAGCACUUAGCCGCCGAGCUGCAUAGAGAAAAAGGUUCCGAGGCUCCAAUUAUUUUAGCUCUUCAUCCUGGUGAAGUAAAUACGGAUAUGGCGAAAGAUGUAGAGCUACCUUGGGAAGUCAAAGGGGUUAUAGAAGUUGGUGAGAGUGUAAGGGGAUGUUUGAAGGUGAUAGGGGAGAAGGGAAGAGGUGGAAUUGAUGAGGGUGGAAAAUCGACUGCUUGGGCGGCGGGGAUAUCAGAAGAGGUAGGGGCAGCAACAUUUUGGACAUGGGAUGGGAGAAGACAUCCUUGGUGAUCUAAGUUGGAAAGAAAAUCACCGUUUUAGUUUAAGGGUAUUUAUUUACCGCUCAAGUGUUUAUUAUUUCUCUGUUUUGGCACUUUUGACGUCUAUUUUGAAUGAAAUAUAUAAUAGCUUCUAGUUUAAGUUCUAGCAAAUUACCAACAUCUACCAAUUAUUC